CGUUAUGUUAUUAUUAUUCCAGGAAAAGGACACGGGAAAGCCCUGAACUGCGUCAACUGCGUUUCUAUUAUACAUUUGGAUGUUGGCUGAUGUUUAACAUGUCCACAAGCCACUGCUGAAUGACAUAUGGCUUUGUUCCUGGAUGGGACCUUAUUGAGCAGAAACAUGGACACAUCAAAUUUUGCCCACGUCAUCUUCCAGAAUGUGGGGAAGAGUUACCUGCCCCAUGCUGCGCUCGAUUGUCACUAUACCCUGACGCAGUUCAUCAAACCACAUCCAAAGGACUGGGUUGGCAUAUUUAAGGUUGGUUGGAGCACAGCGAGGGAUUAUUACACAUUCUUGUGGUCGCCUCUCCCCGAGAACUACGUGGAAGGCACAGCAGUCAACAGAACCGUGAUCUUUCAGGGUUACUAUGUCCCCAAUGACGAUGGGGAGUUCUACCAGUUUUGCUACGUGACCCACAAAGGGGAGAUCCGGGGGGCUAGCACGCCUUUCCAGUUUCGCGCAAACAGCCCUUCCGAGGAUGAGCUGUUGACUGUCGAAGACGAAUGCAAUUCCGACAUCCUGGUCGUCACCACCAAGGCCGGCUUGCUUGAGCAAAAAGUGGAAGAAGCUCAGAGAGAGAAAGAGGAGCUGCUGAAAAGCAUGGCCCUCAUCCAGCAGGAGAAGGAGCAGCUUGACGCAGAGAAGGACAGCCUGCAGAAGGAGUUUGAGCAAGAAAAGGAGACCUGUGCCCAGCUGAGAAGAGAGAUCCAAGAGGUGCUGCACUCGUCUCAGGCCCUUCAGGAGGAGAAGGAGGAGGUCAAGAGGCGGCUGGAGGAGGCCACGGCCAGGAUCGUACAGCUGGAAGAGGACCUGAUCGGAGUCACACAGAAGGGACUUCAAAAGGAAACCGAGCUGGACAGUCUUAAAGAUCGACUGAAGAAAGUCGCUCUAGAGAAAGAGGCUCUUGAAUCUCACGUAAAGAAUGAGAGAGAUGAGAAGGAACUCUACAAGAUUCACCUGAAAAACCGGGAGCUGGAAAACACUAAGCUGAGCGCGGAGCUGCAGAUGCUAAAGUCCGUGGAUGUAAACAAGGAAAACACCAUUGCCCAGUUCAAAGAGGAGGUGGGACGUCUGCAGGCAUGUCUCACAGAGAAGGAAAAACAGUACAAAGAAAUCCUGGCCAAAGUUUCUCCUUUGGGUGACAUGAAGGCCCUGAAGGAGCAGCUGCGGCAGAAAGAGGAUCAGCUCCAGGCCAACCAGCAGCAGUCCUCCCUGCUGGCCGCCGAACUGAGGGAUGCCUCGGGCGCCCGAGAUCGCACCAUGUCUGAGCUCUACCACAUGAAGCUCGAGGCAGACGCCCUGCGCCAGGCCAAGGCCGAAGCUCAGGCCCAAUGUGUCCACCUGGAACUCGUAGUCGAACAGAUGAAGGCAGACGCCAAAAAGGAGGCGGCCAAAUCGGAGGAGGAAGCGAGCACAGACCCGGCUGUUGUAGCAGAGCUGCAGAGAGAGGUGGAGGACCUGAAGCUGCGGCUGCUCAUGGCGGCAGAGCACUACAAGGAGAAGUACAAGGAAUGCCAGCGACUGCAAAAACAAGUCCUCAAACUGUCUGAACAGCAGGGGGAAGUGAAGAAAAGCACAGCACAAGAGGCCGCCGCAAUCCCUGCAUCAGGGAGUCCAGACACAUCGGUGCCGGGCAGCCCAGGUUCUGCUGACCCCAUGUUAGAGGCCAUCAUCCAAGAGAAGCUCAAAGGCAUCAGCAGAGAAGCUUCAGACAGAAACGACAAAUACAGGAAAUGCAAGCAGAUGCUGAUGGAGGAAAAGGAGCGCAGCAGCUUGUUUGCAGACGAGCUGGCCAAGACGGAGCUGAAAUUAAAGGAGCAGCUGAAGACCAACGAGAGUCUAAAGUUGCAGCUGGCUGCCGCAGAGGACCGCUAUAAGAGUCAAGUAGCCGAGAAGGGUCGGGAGCUGAAGGAGCUGAGGGACACGUUUGCACUCGUUGUGAAGGAGAAGGAAAAACUGGAGGGGGAGCUCCAGAAGAGCAGCAGCAAGAAGGGCGAUCAAGGGGCCAGUGAGAAAACCAGUUUGGAGAACGUCCAGACCAGUGUGCCUUUAAUUCUGCAGUACCCCGUCCCUUACGCCCAGGACACCCCGACCCCACUGCUGGUCUCUCAGAGUCCAAGCAAGCUACACUUUGGGAACCCGUAUUCCAUCUCAGACUCAAAAGAUGAGACAGAGGAGGAGUUCUCAGAUGAUCAGCCUCUGAAGCUGCCCCCCGUAGGCCCACCCUCCUGGGACAGCAAUGUGGUCUGCAUCCAGCCCUCCCGCAACCUCAGCCGGCCGGAAGGACACGAAGAGGCAGAGGAAAACAACAAUGUUAACACCAACGCAGAGCCGCUAGGAACAGAAACGCGCAGCUCAUUUGUGAAUGACGGACAAACCCCCUUCUGCUUUGACUCCAGCAUGGACAUGAAACGCUGUCCGCUCUGCGAGGUCAUCUUCCCGCCCAACUACGACCAGAGCAAGUUCGAGGAACACGUGGAGAGCCACUGGAAGAUCUGCCCCAUGUGCAGCGAGCAGUUCCCCCUGGACUGCGACCAGAAGGUGUUCGAGAACCACGUGCUCACUCACUUCGACGGGCACCCGCUCAACUUCGAAUGAAGGAAACCGAAAACCAACGGAGUCUGCAGACCUUCUGCCAUCCACUGAAAAAGAAUCACUUUAAGCUCUCUUGUGCAUGUAGUGGUGUUCGGCUCCUCUCUGUAGAGCUAUCCUAACUUUUUGCUUUAACUUGGAGAUCCACUCGGAGGUGACGUUUGGGGGAAAAAAAAGAAAAGAAAAAAAAAACAACGUUAUUAUUUAGCGUGUGUCACAGGGCUUUUAAAUCAGUUGCGAAUUAAUAUUUUUCUUUUGAAUUACAGUUUUAAAUGUUUCCCUUCUUUUAGGAUUUGGAAA